ACCCCUCUUUCGCUCCUUGAAAGCUCGCGACCAGGCCGGCCGCCGGAAUCCUCCUUAGUCAGUCGGAAAGUUCAUCGGAAACCCCCCGUCUCUCUGUCUAUUCAUAGACUCAUCGCUUGAUCAAUCAUGGAAGCACUGAAGGAAUCAGAUGGUAACUUUAUUGUUUAUAUACACCCAUCGAAAGCCAAUAAAAUAACUCAAGCCAUUAUUCGUCAGAUUAGCUCUUUGUUAUUCCAGUAUAAUCAAGUUUUUGAUGGUGUUCUAUUGGGUUAUGAUGUUAUUGAAACUGAAAAUCAAGUUGCAAAUAUCCUUCCUGGAAUUCAUCCUUUCUUUGGUGUUCGUCUAAGAACAAAAUUGUUACUUUUUAAACCUAUGCCCAACAUGCUUUUAGAGGGGAAGGUUUUGAAAAUUAGUCCACAGUCCAUUCAUAUUGUUGUUCUUGGAUUUGUAUCAGCUGUUAUAGCAGAGGAGGAUAUUCCUGAAAACUUCAAAUACAGAGUUAAGAAGCAUGGCAAGGAAUUAUUUGUAAGCAAAUCUGACAAGCUUCAUAGGAUCAAAGCUGGGACUUUUGUAAGAUUUAAUGUUAAAAGUUUCGACAAAGAGAUACUCCACAUUGCCGGUUCUUUGAUUUCAGAAAACACAGGAAAUAUUCGUUGGUUGAAUAAGAAUUCAGGAGAGCUUUCACACUCAAAUAGAAAGAGGAAGGAAGAAAAAUGGGAAACUGUAGAGGAGGAAAGUAGUGUACCUACAUUCGAUGCCCCAACUAAUUCUAGUACAGAACGUCGGCAUAAGAAAUCAAAGAAUAGGUAAGGAGAAGAUGUCAAUUCAAAACAUCGGGUAAGCUGUUUUUUAUUAUAGAUUAUGUGAAUUUUGUUGGAUGGGGUCUGAAAUCAAUUAGGUUUAAUUUGUAAACCAAGAUCCAGUGGAUUUCUAAUUUUGUAAGAUGGAAGAUCUUUUGAUCAUUUAAGAUUGAUUUUUUUGGUAGUCUAGUUUCAUUCGCACAUUGUCUUGUUUGGAAGAGACGAAUUGGAAGUUGUAUCUGUUGUCUUAAAAAUUGUUGAGUUUUAUAAAAUCGUAUCGAUAUUGGUAGA